GCAGGCAGGGACACAGACUCACACGGUCCUAGUCCUAGGAAGACUCACACAGUCCUAGUCCAAGGUGGAGGACUCACUUGGUCCUAGGAGAAGGAUUCACAUGGUCCUAGGAGGAGGACUCACAUGGUUCUAGGAGAAGGAUUCACAUGGUCCUAGGAGGAGGACUCACAUGGUCCUAGGAGGAAGACUCACAUGGUCCUAGGAGAAGGACUCACAUGGUCCUAGGAGGAGGACUCACAUGGUCCAAGGCGGAGGACUCACUUGGUCCUAGGAGAAGGACUCACAUGGUCCUAGGAGGAGGACUCACACAGUCCUAGGAGGAGGACUCACACGGUCCUAGUCCAAGGCGGAGGACUCACUUGGUCCAAGGCAGAGGACUCACAUGGUCCUAGGAGGAGGACUCACACAGUCCUAGGAGGAGGACUCACUUGGUCCUAGGAGGAGUACUCACACGGUCCUAGGAGGAGGACUCACAUGGUCCUAGGAGGAGGACUCACUUGGUCCUAGGAGGAGGACUCACAUGGUCCUAGGAGGAGGACUCACUUGGUCCUAGGAGGAGGACUCACAUGGUCCUAGGAGGAGGACUCUCUUUGUCCUAGGAGGAGGACUUGCUUGGUCCUAGGAGGAGGACUCACAUGGUCCUAGGAGGAAGACUCAAACGGUCCUAGGAGGAGGACUCUCUUUGUCCUAGGAGGAGGACUCACUUGGUCCUGGGAGGAGGACUCAAACGUUCCUAGGAGGAGGACUCACACGGUCCUAGGAGGAGGACUCGCUUGGUCCUAGGAGGAAAACUCACACAGUCCUAGGCGGCGGACUCACAUGGUCCUAGGAGGAGGACUCACACGGACGUGUGUGUUAGUCCACACUUCCUAGUCCAGAGGAGUCAGGCAGCCGUCAUGGCGCGGGAGAGCGAGGAGGACGUGCGGGGUCAGACCUGGAAGAAGCAGGUGGACGACAUCAAGAAGGUCUUCCAUCUCAAGGAGGUGCUCGGCACGGGAGCCUUUUCUGAGGUGGUCCUGGCCCAGGAGAAACUGACAGGGGGGAUGUUUGCUGUCAAGUGCAUCCCCAAGAAGGCUCUGAAGGGGAAAGAGAGCAGCUUGGAGAACGAGAUCGCCGUGCUGAGGAAGAUCAAACACGAGAACAUCGUGGCGCUGGAGGACAUCUACGAGAGUCCGGAGCACCUGUACCUCAUCAUGCAGCUGGUGUCAGGCGGCGAGCUUUUUGACCGAAUCGUUGAGAAAGGCUUCUACACGGAGAAAGACGCCAGCACGCUCAUCCGACAAGUGCUGGAUGCUGUUAACUAUCUGCACAACAUGGGCAUCGUCCACAGAGACCUAAAGCCAGAGAACCUUCUCUACUUCAACCCUCACCACCACUCCAAGAUCAUGAUCAGCGACUUUGGUCUCUCCAAGAUGGAGGGCAGCGGGAACGUCAUGUCCACCGCAUGUGGCACACCAGGAUAUGUGGCGCCAGAAGUUCUUGCCCAGAAGCCCUACAGCAAGGCAGUGGACUGCUGGUCCAUCGGAGUCAUCGCAUAUAUUCUACUGUGUGGAUAUCCUCCUUUUUACCACGACAACGACGCCAAGCUCUUCGAACAGAUCCUCAAAGCCGACUACGAGUUCGACGCUCCGUACUGGGACGACAUCUCCCACUCAGCUAAGGAUUUUAUCAGCAACCUCAUGGAGAAAGACCCCAGCAAGCGUUUCACCUGUGAGGAGGCACUGCGGCAUCCCUGGAUCUCGGGGGACACUGCCCUGUGCAAGAACAUCCAUGAGUCUGUUAGCCGGCAGAUGAAGAAGAACUUCGCCAAGAGCAAAUGGAGGCAAGCGUUCAACGCCACGGCGGUGGUUCGCCACAUGAGGCGGCUGCAGCUUGGCAGCAGCAUGGCAAGCAGCGUGGACGCCUCCAACCCACACAGGCUGAGCCAGAAGGUGACCCGGAGUCCAAACCAGGUGGACCACAGCCGGCCGGCUCUGAACCAGAAUGCGGGAGAGACGUCAUCCUUGGACGACAACAUGGCCGCUCCACGCAAGGAAUGUGUGCCCGCCACGCCCUGCAGUCUGGCGUCCGCAGCCGGCGCUCCGACAGCGGGGGCGGAGCUCAGCCGAGCGCGGCCCUCGCCGGUGCCCGCCCCCGUGCUGACGGAGACCAAGUGACGGCGCUGUGAGGCGUCUGGAGGAGAGGACGGCCAUCUUCUUUGUCUCCUCGCUGACCUUCUUCAUCUCCUCUUCCUCGCCAUGGGAGUGUCCACUUCCACUUCCACUUCCUCUUUCUUCUCCCUCCAACUGGAAUGUUCCAUCUUGCUCCAAGCGCCCUCCAUCCUCUUGGCUGUCCAAUGAGCAGGCUGCGUGGGGAGCAUGACCAAAUAAGGGCGUGCGUGAUGGUCACUACCUCAUGCUUUCCCAUAAUCCCUUGUGCUCGCCUGCGUCCUUGACUAUUAUUGCUGAUGUAAACAACAACAUUCACCCUUUUUUUCUUCAGGCGCCCUCGUCUAUCUCAGGGGUCCCCAAACUUUAGGACCUGGGGGCCACAUUGGUUUGAAAGAAUUUGGCCGGGGGCGGGGCUAUCUCUGUGUGUGUGUGUGUGUACUGUAUGUAUAUGUAUAUGUAUGUAUUAGGGUUGUACAGUAUACCAGUACUAGUAUAGUAUCGCAGUACUAAUGAAUCAUAAUCGCUACUCAACUCUGUUUGAAAAGUACCGCUUCCCCUUUUUUGAACAUGCAUGACAUCGCGUCGUCGUCACGUGGUGACAUUGUUAGUUUUAUCAGCAGAGGAGCAUGUAUGGCAGCGCGCACACACAGAGUACUUCCAAGCAGACACAGUGUGUAGACAGAAAAGGGAGAAUGGUUGCAUUUUGGUGUAAAAAGUCAAGAUAAAGGUGAAGUUCUAACACUGAAACACCAUUAGGAAGAGCUGCUUUAAGACAUGCAGCUAACAUCCAUCCACAGUGUUUUAGCUACUUCUAAAUCACUAAUCCUGGUCUCCAUGGCGACAAAUAAAGUUUCUUACAAGUAACAUUAUCACUGGAGGACGAGGAAUAGCUAAACAUGCUUCACUACACACCGUAGCUCACCAGCGUCACAAUGUAAACAAAUGCCAUGGGUGGAUCUACACCUGACAUCCACUGUGAUGAUACCAAGUACAAGAGUGUAUCUAGUCGAUACUACAAUGAUUACAUUGAUAUUUUUUAGCGUCACAAAAUCUUAUUUCCUUUUUUUUUUAAAUUCAUAUUAUGUUUCUAAAUUCAGUAAAUACGUCCCUGGACACAUGAGGACUUUGAAUAUGACCAAUGUAUGAUCCUGUAACUACUUGGUAUCGACAUGAUCCAUACCUACAUGUGUGGUAUCAUCCAAAACUAAUGUCAAGUAUCAAAGAAGAGAAGAAUAAGUGAUUAUUACAUUUGAACAGAAGUGUAGAUAGAACAUGUUCAAAUAGAAAAUAAGCAGAUAUUAACAGUAAAUGAACAAGUAGAUUAAUAAUCCAUUUUUACAGUUUGUCCCUCAUAAUGUGUAUAAAAUAAUAGGUGUAUAAAUGACACAAUAUGUUACUGCAGACUAAUUAGGAGUCUUUGUUUGUUUACUUACUACUAAAAGACAAGUUGUCUAGUAUGUUCAACAUUUGAUUGAAGGACUAAAUGACAAUAAUAAACAUAUGUUUCAUCCAUCCAUCCAUCCAUUUCCUACCGCUUAUUCCCUUUCAUCUAAGAUUUGUUGUUACAAUAAAGGCAAUAAUGACAUUUUUGGAGCUCCCCUUUAUUUAGAAAAAUAUCAAAAUACAUUUUGUUACCGGUACUAAAUACUGAUAAGGCGACAACCCUAGUAUGUGUGUAUAUGUAUGUGUAUGUAUAUAUUAAAUAUUUGUUUAUAUGUAUGCACAUAUGUGCAAGCUUUAUAUGUGUGUACAUGUACUGUAUAUGAAUGUACAAAGUACACAAGCAGUAAAGUAGUCAGCUUGUGUAAAUAGUAAAUAAAAAGAGAAUACAACAAA